AUGAAGAAACACGACCCGCUGCUCAUCUGCCUCGAGAUCGCCGCGCUGCAGUGCCUCUACUACGCGCUGCUGGGCGCCUACUUCAUCUGCUGCCACCUGCUCUACGGGCUGCCGCUGUCCAUGGACCGCUUCUUCUCGACGGGCCAGAAGUUCGACUUCGAGACGACGUCCGCGGGCCUCGAGGUCCUCGGCGUCCUCGUCGGCGGCCUCGCGGGCGCGUUUCUCCUCGCCGUCGUCGUCGAGAAGUCGCGCAAGUGCCUCGACUUCGCCGUGACCAUGCACGCCUGCCACCUCGCCGCCUGCCUCGCCUACAGCGAGCUCGAGCUGCCGCACUGGACGUGGUGGCUCUGCCACGGGUCCGCGCUCGUCGUCAUGAUCGUCCUCGGCGAGUACCUCUGCUCGCGACGAGAGCUCCAGGACAUCCCCCUCGCCGGGUAA